AUGGCUGCAAGGUUUUCCAAGUCCAUACAUUUCGAAGGCAUUCCGGUGCCAGAUCGUGGCGCGAUAUACGCAAACCGCGCCUCGAACAUGAAGGAUUCUAGUAUGAAGACCCUUCAAGAGCCCAGUAUAGAAUUUGUGAUGGGCUGUGUCAUGCUUGCAUUCUAUAACCUUGUUGAGGGACAUUUCGGUCCUGGCUCUGUCUUGACAAGUGUCUGUGUCCGCUUUAUGUACGAUCUUUGCUUAGACGAAAUUGACGAAGAUCAAUUCGAUGAGGAAGGUACCCUCAUCAACUGUCCAAUCAGUGAGAGUGUUGAAUCAUGGCUGCAGAAAGAAGAGCGUCGAAGGCUUUGGUGGUCGAUUUGGGAACUCGACACGUUCGUGUCAACUAUCUCAUUUCAACCAUUCAGUAUUGAAAGGGGAGAGAUGAAAGUCCUUCUCCCCGCUCCUGAUUACAACUGGCUUUGCGGUAUUCCGAUCAGAUCAGCUUUCAUUGAUCAUCGGCCGGAGACUGUCUGGAAGAGUUUACAAGGAUCUCCAAACCAGUCUCCUCGAGCAUGGUUCCUCGUGACCAACUAUCUCAAAUCCAACAUAGUUUUGAACGCACGCCGACCAUCUCGACAUGCUAAACUAUCGAAGGCCGACCUCGAAAGCGCAUUGUGCAAUCUCAAAUUGUCCCUUCCAGCCGACUUUCAUCUACGGUCAUUAUUUCUCGAUUGGGAUAACUAUGAGCAGGGAAAUUGGAUCAUCGCAACACAUCUCAUGAUCAUAACGUCUGAGACUAUUCUUGAACGGUCGACAUGGUCCCGAUAUGGGGAGAUCGACAUAGAGCCUUCGUCAGGCUUCCAGGACAAAUCACAAUUUGCAAAAAGGAUAACGUCCUAUCUUUACCGGGUUGGUCAAGUCUGGUCCCCUGAAUACAUUCCGCUUUGCCAUCCCAUUGUAUGCUGCGCGGUCAUCGUGCCUGGCUCAACUGAUACCAAUCAAUCUGACAAUGCCCUUCGUGGACGUGAAGUGGCUAGAACUAUUGUGGCACACUACUCAAAGUACUGGAAGUUGGGGACAGAAAUGCUUCGUAAGCCAACCCAGAAAUUGUAG